AUGGAUCGCUUCAGGCAAAAAUCUAAAAAAGACAAACCAACAAAAUAUGUGGAUAAAGAGAAAUCCCCUUCUUUCAUCGCAGAUGUUAAGACAUUAAAAGAGAACAUUAAAAUAAGGGAGAUAUUAAGAACUGUCAAAAUGAACAGCAGUAUGCGGAUAAAGGCUCCCAAGGGUAGUAAGGUUAUGCAAAAUAAAGAUUUCAAUGACAACGAAGAUCUCUUUGAUGAAAUGGAAAAUGUUGAAGCAGAUAGUUCGGCCGUUCCAAGCGCGACAAAUCCAGAUGUCGUCCUUCACAGCAGUAUUGAAACUAACGAAACUAUUGAUACAGAUGAAACUCUGAAUGAAGAUUGUGCAAACAGUGACGACCAAUUAAAUAGUUCAACGAAUACCGAUAAGCCCAAUGAGGAUAUCAAUGUCAACUCGAUGGCUUGUUCGUUGAGAAAGUCUAGCAGUAUAGCUGGUGAUUUAUGUGAUUAUGUUCGCAUUGAUUCAAGUAUCGAACAAAAUAAUAUACAGGAAUCAGAUACUAAUGUCGUACAAACCCCUCUUGAAAGUCCACAAGUCAAAGCCCGUGACCGUAAGCUAUCCUUAGACCAAACAAUGUUGACAAGACGUGGAGGCUUCUCACAAUCUGAAUUAGACCUACAUUCGAUUGGUAAAUCUCCAUUAGAAAGAAAAUCUUCUUUCUUCAGAAAGAAAAUGGACAGUUUUUUAAAAAAUACAACAGAAAUAUUUAAACGGCAAUCGUUUCAGACGAAAAAUCCAAACAUAAGCCGAAGGGGGUCAAUGUCAGUUUCGUUACAAUCGCUGAAUGAAAACGGCGCAGCCGUUAAUGCCUACAAUGGGAGAGCCAUUGAAAAGGGAUAUCUACAGGAGAGCAACGUUAGCUUACAGUCAUCGCUGACAGCGGGGUGCAGCAUGUCUAGUUUAUCGGCUAGUCAGAGUGACCGGCCACCGACCGACCUUUUAUCUGAAGAGGACAGUCUUACCGGUAGUCAACCAGCUUUAAUUGCCAGUCAGCCUCUGUGUGACCACUCUUCUAGCAGCAUCAAUAGUUUAAAUGAAGCCUGCCUGCAAGAAGCUUUAUUGAACCGCGCUAUUUCUAUGAGCUCUGGCCUCGACUCAGCCCACGGACAAGGGCGACGGAAAGCCUCCAAAUCCAAUCGAGUAACCUGGUUAGCGAGCGAAGGAUUAACAAACUACUUCAGACGUGUUAUACAAGAUGAAAAAACCAGGCAGAUGCAAGUAUGUCAUUCGUAUCAAGAUUUUUCGACGAUACCCGAGAAUAAUCUUUACGGACCAAAAGUGGAUUCCAAGGGCAGAAGACUUUCGUAUCAGCGAGCCGUGUCAGGAGAAGAUCCAGUACCUCCUUCAAGGUACCAAGACUCCAGUUUGAGAAGAAAAGCUUUGAUACCGGAAAAUUUAGAGGCGAACUUCGAACUAUCGGCCCUGCUUACCGAAUUCACAAAAAAUGGGGUCCCACCUAUCAGGGGAUUUGCACUCGCCAACAUAUGCAAAGAAGCCUUCGAUUACCUCGUGUGGGCUGAAGAGCCGCCGAAUCUGGAACAAGUAUACGAUUGCAAAAAGCUACCUUCUAAUGAGGAAGCAAGGCAGGCUGUGGUCAGGGAACUUGUGAACACAGAAAGUAUUUACAUCCGUCACCUCACCGCCAUCGUAGAGGUAUUCAUAGCCGCUGCACACGCUCUGCAAGACAUGGGUAAACUGCUAGAAGUGGAUACUGAGAGGCUUUUCACUAACAUCCCUGACGUCCUCAAUGCCAGCCUUCACUUCUGGGAGCUUACCUUCUAUCCAAUGAUCAUCGAUGCAGUCCAGAACAAAGUACCUUUUAACACCGAACUGAUGUCGCCCGGCUUCUGCCGUUUCCGUGAUUUAUUCUACCCCUAUGAAAAAUACGUCAACACCCAAUCGAAAGCAUUGGAUUAUUUUCGCUCUCUAUCCAGUAACCCUGAUUUUAUUGCAUACAUUUCCUGGUGUCACGCUCAUAAAUCAUGCAACCGGCUGCAACUCUCGGAUAUAAUGGUGAAACCAAUGCAGAGACUCACUAAAUACGCGCUAAUCAUUCGUCGUAUAAUAACACACACUGACACAGAACCGGAACGAACUUCACUCAUCGCAAUGGAAUCAUUUGCGAAGAACUACGUGAUCGACAUAAACCGUACUAUUCGGCAGCGGGAGGAGAUCGAGAAAAUCGAGAUGCUGUCAAACAUCAUUGAAUCCUACGAAGUCGAGUUCAAAGACGAGGAUCUCGAUAGAUGCUUUAGGAUGUAUGCCAAUCUGAAUCUUAAAGCACCGAUGGUCAACUGCAUUCCGAGCCAAAUGCGAACGUUAAUCUACGAAGGUGAUCUGCGCUUUAAGGACAGCGUCAAGGAGAUCGAAGUCCGGGCCUUUCUGUUGACGGACAUGUUACUAAUUUGCAAGAAAAUCUCCAAAGGGAGUACUUACCAAUAUAAAAUGAUCAGACCUAAAUUCAUGGUUGACAAGAUUGUUCCGUUUCCAAAGUAUAAUCCUCGUACCACUAAGGAUUUGCUGUCACUGGUAUACGUGGUAGUCGACGAAGUGGGAUCGGCUUACAAUGCUUUUGCCCUUAGUGAGCCAUCAAAAGAAUCCGGAGGAUCACUUAGACUUUGGGAGCAAAAAGUGCGCGAGGCAAGAUUGACUUAUGACCUCAGCGUGUGGUACGCCAGAAACCCAUCCCGAGAUAUCUCUGAAAUGGAGAUGGACUCCUCCUCGGAUUACGCCAUGAGCGCCACUGGCAAGGGAAUAAAACAGAGUUCAGAGGACUUGAACAUUGAACGCGAGGCACGUGAACGAGUGGCAGCCAUGCUCCACCGAAACAUGGGAGCUUCAACCGAAUAUGACUUCUCCCAGGCCUCGAUGAACACAGACUCUUUCGACGGUAUGACAAGCGGCGGUCGCACCACCGGUCUGCAUAGCCUGCGCUACCAGAUGCACCGAACCUCUACCGGAAGCUCAAGGAACUCACGCCUCUCAAGUUUCCAGCACUCUGUCAGUGCCGCUUCUCAUGAUGAGCCGCAGCCUGGCACCAGUAAGGCUGGCCUGUUCCUGAAAGCGGGCCCAUCCGUGGAACACCCAAUUCCAGCAUUGACUGUCGAAGAUGGAGAAUCUCAGGGAGGAGCAUCCACGAUCACUGUGAACGUGGUCAGCGAGAGCGAAUCAGAAACCGUUGUCCAAGGUGAUCUCUCUCCCGUGGUUUUACCUGUUCCGGUUCACGUCCCGGGAGUUCAGCCACCACCGCCUGUGGUGGUGCUGCAACACCCUUCGCCGUACAAGCCUCCCAUGCGCAGCGUGUCUGCCACCCGCCACACUCUGCGCGUACAACCAAAGUCCGGAAUAUACGCUCUCGUACACAGCUUACCGGAUUUGACAAUUGAUCAACUGGCCUUAGCCCGCGACCGCCACUCGCACAGCGCCGGUCCACCGUCUGCUUCUGAGAAACUGUACCAAUCUCACCAAGAAUUAUUACAAAAAAAUCGUCUUUCGACGUCUCAAAACCAAUACCUAAGCCCUGACCAUCGCAGCGCGAGUCAGCCGCCCUCCAGCCCUAGUAGGGCGUCGCUCAAACGAGGACUAGCGUUCUCCUACUCAUUCAAGAAUCCUCCACUUCACAAAAUGGGACAUGUAAACAGCCAAUCUCAGGCUCAAGCCGAACCCACGCCUUCAACAAGUCAACCAUCAAAGCCGGAAAUAGAGGCUGUGAGUCCUCAACCUGGCCCAAGUACUAGCACGGAUAAAGCCGAGAAGAAAACAAAACAAGUCAGCACCAGCAGGAACAAAGAUAAAAAUAAAGAAAAAGGCAAAGAUAAAGAGAAAGGCAAAGAGAAAGACAGCGACAAGGAUUUAUCAAUAAAUAAGGGUGAAAAAGAAAGUAGUGCGAAUUCAACCCCGAGCCGCGUUUCUAAGGAGGGCAAGAGCGAAUGACAUCGGCGCUGGCGGCGGUCUCAUGACUGAGACAGGGCCCCCCGCUUUGACUUUCAUUGGUUUUAUAAGUGGUGCUCAUAAGCUAUCAAAACCAAUGACAUUCUUUUAGUUCAGUGCUUAGUGCUUACUAUAUCAGAAACCAUCUUCGUAGUGUGUUCAUAGUUUUAGGUGUAUUUUUUUAUUAAUUAAAAAAUUUGUACAUAAUUUUGAUUGUUGUAAAUAGUUGUAGCUUUCAUAGGUUUUAUAUUGAAAUAAUUAUCUUUAAAUUGUUUAUUGGAAUCGGAUAAGAAAUUUGUAAGAAUAAUAAUGUAAUUCUUAUUCGAGUAAUGUGUUUUAGAAAUGUAACUUAUAAGUUUUAUUAAAUGGAAGGAUUUGAUUCGAGCCCUACACCACAGCAGAGAGUAAUAGGAAAGAAAGAAGAAGAAGAAAAGUAAUUGUAGUUGUAGGCGUCACAUUUGAGUAGAAUUAAUAUCUUAGUUUAUGUAUAUUAUGAUAUUUGUGUAGUGAAUAAUGGUAUUAUGUAGUUAAAUGAUAAAACUGUAAAUUAUUGUAAAUAUUAAUCGUAGAAUUAUUGUUAAUGUAGGCUUUUGUAAAUAAAUUAAGCGCACAACGAGGUCUUGAGCCUUAACAAAGGAAACAUAAUGUGUUCAACGUUUUAUUAAAAUUUGUAACGUUCAAAUUUUCAUACUCUACAUCUUUAUGUUCGAAGUUCGGUGUUUCCCGAGCGCUAUGACAUGUCCUUCUUCAAACGAGGCUUGUGGAGACUAUUAAGCGGUAGGCAGCGGCUUGGCUCUGCCCCUGGCAUUGCUGA